CGUCUGGUCCCUUGGCGACAUUAUCGACCGGGCCAAGUCAAAGGAACUAGUAUUACUUGCCCUGUUGAUGCUUACUCUGUAGCGGGCUUGUUUGUUGGUCGUCUCUUCCAGUCCAUUGUCAGCAAUGGGCUUUUCAUCGUCAGUCUGGCUGCGCUAGCAGAGAAUCUAGGCCCGGAGCAUAUGGGCAAGAUUGCUGAAUUACUCUCUACUUUAUCGGCCGCUGGGACUUUUGCUGGACCCGUUAUAGCCGCUUUUCUGUUUGGCUUUGGAAAAUACUGGACCGCUUGGGCCGGGGCCUUUACUUUCCUAGUGGUCGAUAUUAUCAUGCGACUUUUGAUGAUUGAAAAACCAUCACAUAACACAGACAGCGGAAAACCAAAAUCUCAAAAUGAAGCAUCUUCUGAGCCCGCCGUCACUGUGACAAAAGUGCAAGGCUGGAGGUUCUAUGUGUUUUUACUACAACAACCUCGUUUCUCUGCAGGCUUCUUCUGCUAUUUUGUGUUUUAUCUCUUAAUUGCAAGCUUCCAAACGACAUUUGCGAUACUUGUGCGAGCUGUAUUAGGAUGGGGUGUUUUCCCUGUGGGUCUGUUAUUUGCUGCUCUUCAAGGCCCUGGAAUGAUCCUCUCCCCGCUCAUGGGAUGGUUGAAGAAUCGUGAGGGAUCUCGUACUCCGAUCACGCUCGGCUUUUUAUCCCUCGCUCCAGUCUUGUGGCUUCUCGGUGCGGCUGGUGAUGGUCGUUUCCCAUGGGCUACAAUCGGAAACCGGGGCAAAAUUAUCUUCAGUAUAUGCACGGCUACAAUCGGCAGUUUGAUAUUUCUUCUUAAGGGAGUUGGCACCAUGGAAGCAAACAAGACUAUUGACUCACUAGAGACACGCUACCCUGGCGUCUUUGGCAAAGGUCGCGGAUUUUCCCCGGCGAUUGCCUUGACAGGUAUGAGCUGGAUGACCGGUCUUCUGGUUGGGCCAAUCUUGGCUGGAGUUGUAGUAGAACAAUUCGAAUUCCCCAAACCGCAACUCAUACUCACUCUCACUUCCAUCUUGAUUGGACUUGUGGCGGCAUUCAAUCUCAAUUCCACUGUGAGAGAGAAGCCUGGACCGAGUAAUGAUUAG